AUGGCGCCCAUAGAUCCCAAUCAGUUGUUGGCGGCCUUCGCGCCCCUCCUGACCCCCUUAGGGGGCAUCAAGAAUGCCACAGAAGUGCCCCGACUAUCCAGUCUGAUGAAGAAGUUCUCCCGAAAGCUGGUCUCCCGUUGUGUUUAUUGCAACGUCUUGUUGGCCACCACUCCCGAUGUCCUCGAAGAAUUCCUGCGAUCGGGCGGUUGGGAGACAAUACACCUGUGGAUCAAGUCGGCCAAAGACACGGGUAACCGACCCUUUCUGGACGAGUUGCUGAAGUUGCUGCUGACGCUGCCCAUGAAUGUGGACCGCCUUCGCGAGAACGAGUCGCCCAAAAUGAUCCGCAAGUUAGCCAAACAGAUGGACGACCCCUUACUGGCGGCCAAAGCGCAGGAAGUGGUCGACAAGUGGACCAAAAUGAUUGAACUGAACGCCAUAUCCGGCGUUAAAGAGAAGAAGCGGAAGAGCAACGACACCAACAAUGGCGGCAAAGACUCGGGUGACGCGAAGAAGUCGAAACUGAACGCCAAGUCAGCCAAUCAUACGGCAGAGUCGGACAGCAACGCGUCGAUGGACUCAUCAAAUAGCGAUUUAAAGGCGACAUCCGAGCGGACGCCGCGUCCCUCGACCGCCAAAGUAAAGCCCGGAAAGUCACGACUCGGAGACUUAGUCAGCCAGUCGUCGGCCAAACCCGUCAAACAGCGAAAGGAGGACAAGAAGUCCAUCACAAGCAAUAAACCACUGAAUAAUGCAUACAAUAGUGAUUCCCUGAACUCAGUCACCAGUACUUCACUCCCUAAACCUAAGAUACAGCCGAUCGGAGGCAUCAAAGUUAUAGAGCCGUUGCCGGUGACCACUGCCGCCGCACCGGCACCCACUCCAGUGCCACCACCUGUGGUCGUGCCGCCCGCUAAGCCUCAUGUGCUUCACGUAUGCCUUGAAUUGAUAUAAUUAUAUUGAU